UAGGUUACAAAUAGACAACUGUGAGGCAAAAUCACCUAAUGAGAAACCUCUAGCCUCUAGCCUCAUCCUCCUUCCACUUGCUGCCUUCUCCUCUUGCCUGCCACCACCAACACCACCUAUCUCUUCCCCUCUCUCUGCGAAAGAGGCAACUAACAGGCAAGCCACUGGCACUUUAAAAGAGAGGAGGAGGAGAAGAAGAAGAAUACACAAAGCAGGUUCCUUUUAUACAGCUUGGAGAGGGGCAUUGGUUUUAAACUAGAACUUAAGAUCGUUUCUGUUGCUGAAAUCUAUUUAGAUGGCCAUCAUACCUUGUGGAAGUACAUCAAUUGCUCAAUGGGGUAUUCGCCCUCAGUUUAUGAUAAGAUCCUAUAUGCCAAAUAGGAUGUUGACGGCUCAUUAUGGUAUUAACAACAAGAUGAGCUACUUGGCGGCACCAAGCUCAAGCUUAUUUUCACGGGAUUCCUUCCCUGUGUUAUCUUAUACAGGAACUUCUCAAACUUCAAAUGGCCGUAGGGGAGCACGGUUUGUAGUCAGAGCGGAUAGUGAUUUCUAUUCUGUACUUGGAGUGUCAAAGAAUGCGAGUAAACCUGAAAUUAAAAGUGCUUAUCGAAAGCUUGCUAGGAGUUACCAUCCAGAUGUGAACAAAGAACCUGAUGCAGAACAGAAGUUUAAGGAAAUUAGCAAUGCGUAUGAGGUAUUAUCGGAUGAUGAGAAGCGAUCUUUAUAUGACAAGUAUGGAGAGGCUGGACUUAAAGGUGCUGGCAUGGGCAUGGGGGAUUUCAGCAAUCCUUUCGAUUUGUUUGAGUCACUAUUUGAGGGCAUGGGCGGCAUGGGAGGCAUGGGAGGCAGAGCUUCCCAGAAUAGAGCAGUUGAUGGCCAGGAUGAAUAUUACAAUCUAGUCUUAACUUUUAAGGAAGCAGUUUUUGGGGUUGAAAAAGAAAUUGAGAUAACCCGACUAGAGAGCUGUGGAACUUGUGAUGGUUCAGGUGCCAAGCCUGGGACGAAGCCAUCUAAAUGUAGUACAUGUGGUGGGCAAGGCCAGGUUGUUUCAUCAGCGAGGACUCCCUUAGGUGUUUUCCAGCAGGUAAUGACAUGCUCUUCAUGUGGCGGGAGUGGGGAAACAUUUAGCCCAUGCAACACUUGUUCUGGGGACGGACGGGUAAGGAGGACAAAACGUAUCAGUCUGAAAGUUCCGGCUGGUGUGGACUAUGGUAGCCGUUUGAGGGUCCGAUCCGAAGGUAAUGCUGGAAGGAGAGGUGGAUCUCCUGGUGACCUCUUUGUUAUUAUUGAAGUCAUGCCAGACCCUGUGCUAAAACGUGAUGACACCAACAUCUUAUACACGUGCAAGGUGUCAUACAUAGAUGCCAUUUUGGGCACCACAAUUAAGGUGCCGACAGUGGAUGGCAUGGUGGAUUUAAAGAUCCCAGCUGGAGCUCAGCCAAACACCACACUUGUAAUGGCCAAGAAAGGAGUCCCUGUGCUAAACAAAAGCAACAUGAGGGGUGAUCAGCUGGUUCGCGUACAAGUUGAAAUUCCAAAAAGAUUGAGCAGUGAAGAGAGAAAGCUUAUCGAGGAGCUUGCAGAUCUAAGCAAGGGCAAAGCAGCAACCAGUAGAAGAUAGUUGCCAAGACACUGCGUUCCUUUUACAAUAUGUAGCUGGCCCCGUCACCACCUGAUUCUCCUUUUUGUUGGUGUAAAAUCUUGAGAACCAUGUUGGAUGUUUAAAAGGGAGUUGAGCAGUUCUUCACUAUUUGAACUGCGGGAGGGGUAAACAAGUGUUUGGAGUGGUAGAUAUGAACUGUAUCUUCAAACGAAGGAGCAGAUGAAAAAUUGGAGACUUACUGCUUCGAUUUUAUUCUCUCUUUAUGUUUUAUUUUUGAACAUGUAGUUCACUUGCAUAGUAAUUAUUCUUUGGGAUGAUGGCUAAAAUACGUGCAACCUUUUUUAUUUGUAUUUCGACUAGUGAGGGCAAAAACUACCUCAGGAUAAGUUCAUCAGUUCAGUGUCUGUUUAAAUACUUAAA